AUGCCGUGGAUCUCUGCAGCGGAGGAUCAUGUCGACGGUCACACCAUCGAUAACAGACUGCUCACCAUUCUUGAUCACUACAGUACUACAGCGAAUUCGGAAUCGAUAUCCAUGCCACCUAACCCUGGCAGAACCAGCUACAUCAGUGGAGGAGCCAACAUGCGUGCGGGGAGUGGCAGUCCUUUGCUUUUCGAGACUACAGUAUCACCUGAACGCUAUCCCAGCUUGAGGAAAUCUCGCGCCUUCAUGAAAGACUAUCACGCCUGUACUAAGGUCUGUGCGGGGCUGUUGGGUACCGCUUUCACCUCAACCCCCAGCCUUCCCACAACGGAUGCACCACAACGGGAGCUACACAGCGCUAUUGCGAGCCUCCACCUCAAUGAAUUGUACUCGGACUUGAUCAUUGCUUCCACCACCAAGAGCUAUCCAGUCCAUAAGGUCGUCGUAUGCACGCGGUCCGACUUUAUCGCAGGGUGGUGCCGCAGUGAUCGGGACGAGGUUGCCGACGGGAUAUUAUCUCUCCCAAAUGACGAUCCCCUCGUUGUGGACGCGAUGAUUCAGUACUUCUAUCGUCUCGACUAUGCUGUGCCUGUCGAACAAGCACAGGACCAGGAAGAUGCUGGCCUACUCUUCCAUGCCAAAGUUUACACUCUAGCAGAGAUGUAUCUGGUUCGAGGGCUGAAAGAACUUGCCGUGGUCAAGUUCAAGACUGCUUCUUUAAGCCAGAACUGGAACACACAAGGCUUCCUCGACGCGGCCAAGGAGGCAUAUACUUCUACACCAGAGACCGUCAGAACCCUGCGGCAAGUGGUGCUCGAAACCUUCGCCAUGCGGAAAGAGCUGCUGGAUAAAGAGGAGACACAAGAGGUGAUCAAGGGAACGGACGGUUUGGCUUAUGACAUCUUGUUCCAUUUUCAUCAGACCCAGUACAACUUCUGA